AUGUAAUCUAAAUAAUCAGAAACUAGAUAGAGCUGGUCCUAUCAAGUAAAAUUUUAGCUUACAAUACUUUUAGGAAGACAAACUUUUAUUAGAACUUAUUAAACUUCAUGGCUGUACAUCUUGGAAUCAUAUUGCACGUGAACUUCAAUCUUUAGGGAAAAACCCCUUAAAAGUUCGUUCUUCUGCUGCUUGUAGAGAACGAUACUAAAACAUUCUUAAUCCCGAUUUGAAUAAAAGUAAUUGGACAUAAGAAGAAGAAGAAAAUUUAUUCAAUCUUUAACAAUCUUGUGGUAAUAGCUGGGCUAGAAUUGCUUCGUAAAUGCCUGGCCGUUCUGAUUUGUUAUGCAAAAAUUAUUUUUAUGCCACUUUAAGAAAAGUCUUACGUCGACUCAGUAAAGCAGUUGGUUUGGAUUAAUGUAAUUGUUUUAGAGAUUCUUCUUUAGCAUCAGAUUUAUUAAAAUAAGUUAAACCUAGUGUCCUUGGAGUUAUUUAUAGCAAAGAUGAUUCUUUUAAAAGAUUCAAUAUUGAUGAGAAAAUGAAAACAGAAUUUCAAUAACUUAUAAAAUAAUACAGGUAUACAGAAAAAGCAGAACUCAAAUAACUCUAAGAAAAUGAUGUGGUCUAUAUAAAAUCUAUGCUGAAUCAAUUAUUUGUCAUCAAGUAAAAUAUAUAAAAAAUAAUUAGUAAUAAUUACAUAACUUAGAUGAAGAGAUAUUCUUCAAGGAAGAAUUCAUAAUAAGAGGUCUUCUUUGUUGAAAACAACAGCAAAUCAACCAUUCCUAAUUGUGUAACGUUUUAAAAUUAAAAAAUUACUAAACUGGAAUGCAAACUUCUAAAUCCAACAAACCUUAAAAUAGAUUCUUAAUAAGAAUUCGAUCAACCUAAAUCUAAUCUGUCGAAUGUCUAAUAAGAGAAUUAAUCUAUAUAAGUUUAUUAAAAUCUAAAUUAACUUCAUUCUGAUUUCAGUCCAAUUAAUCAAUUUUAAGUAAAAAUCAUUAAUAUUUUAGGGAUCAUUUUGUGCUCCAUAACCUGUUUUUACAUUCUGCAUCUAACCAAACUUUAUAAGCUAGCCAAUCUAAUCCAUUUAACCAUAUUACAUACCUUAAUACCUGCCUUAUCCUUAACCUCAUCCUCUGAUUAGAUACGAAUAUGUACAGAUGAUGUGA